AUGCACAUGGGAGGGUUUCCUUGGAAGUGGCAUUGGGUUGUUGCCCAAGUUUUGGCUAUCAUAUGUGGUGCAGCAUGUGUUGAGAGUCAUGAAAGCAGUCCCUACGUAGCGAAGUCACUCAUUCAAUCAAAGCUCCUAGAGGCUAACCUCGAGUUCUUCUCGAAACUGGGAAUUGACGCCAUCAGGGAGAUUGAUUCUGCUGGUUAUCAUUCCCUUGAACCUAUUGAUCUGGGUUCCGACGACGAUGCAGCCAUCAAACUCUAUUAUUCCAUCACCCAUGGCUCCACCUCCUCAGUACAGACCCCAGCAGUGGAUGCCACAGCAGCCGCAACAAAUGCAGUACCAGGUUCCUCCACCGCAACAACCGUGACGGCGGCUGGGUACUACUACCAGCAACCAGCACAGGCUGCGCCGACACAACAGCCACAGCCUCAGCAGUACGGCGUCGCGCCUGCGGCUCAGGCUCUAGCCGAUGAUUGUAUCAGGAGCCUCUGGAUUGGAGAUCUGCAGUACUGGAUGGACGAGCAAUACAUAUACAGUUGUUUUGCUUUGACUGGCAAGGAACAAGGUAGCAGCUUGUGCAAAGCACUUUGUUGGUGA